AUGUCGAAGUCUCUCAACCCUAUGAAUGGAGGCGACUUCAUUCACGACGAUGAACGGAAGUUAGACGGUGGCUCUGUAUUGUCCAGGCUCUCCCUGAUCAACAAGACAGCCAUUAUCACUGGUGCAGGUGGUGGGAUCGGAUACUCUGUCGCCGUUGCGUAUGCAGAAAUGGGAUGCAACAUUGCCAUAUGGUACCACACAAACCAAGACGCGCCGAAAAGGGCAAAAGAGCUUUCUGAGAAGUACCGAGUCAAAUGUAAGGCAUAUCAAGUUGAUGUCAGGUCGUGGGACGCCGUGGAGAGGGCCACCGACCAAGCCGUCAGAGAUCUGAACGGUCGGCUCGACAUCUUCGUUGCCAACUCCGGAGUCCCGUGGACCGAAGGCCCCAUGAUUGAUGCCCCCCUCGAGCAACAUAAAGAUGUCAUCCAAACGGACCUCGACGGUGUUUACUACUGCGCCAAAGCUGCCGCAAAGCACUGGCGACGCCAGAAGCUGGAAGAGACCGAUGUUAUUGGAAAGCCAUUGAGCAACUUCAAUCGUGGAAGCUUCAUUGCGACGGCUUCUGUUAGUGGUGUGCUGGCAAAUGUCCCGCAGUUCCAGGCCUGUUACAAUGCAGCCAAGGCGGGCGUCAUUCACCUUUGCAAGAGCCUUGCUGCAGAGUGGGCGAUGUUUGCGAGAGCGAACUCGGUGUCGCCGGGGUACAUCAUCACCGACAUCACCACUUUCGUGCCCCAGGACGUCAAGGAAUUGUGGAAGGACAAGAUUCCUAUGGGGCGGCAGGGAGAGGCGCACGAACUUCAGGGUGCUUUCUUGUACUUUGCCUCUGACUUGUCAACUUACACAUCUGGGGAAACUCUUGUGGUGGAUGGGGGUUAUCACGCUGUCUAA